AAGCAACCGGAAGUAGAGCUGCCCCUACUUGCGGAGGUACCUCAUCUGGUUUGGUAAAUUCUCCCUUCUUCUCUUCCUCCCGUCGGAAACCUGGCUGCAGCUGGCCUAAGAGGCUCCGAUUGAGGAGGAGGGGAUAGUGCUCACAAGUCUGGGCAGGUGGUCCACAAAAUAUGAGGGGCUGGGGACACCCCUCUCUGCUGCUGCUAUACCUGGGGUUGACCACCUGCCUGGACACCUCACCCAGUGGGGAGCAAGACCAAGAAGUCUUCUUGGACUCCCCCAAGGCCCAGAGCUUCCUGGGCAGCCACAGACGAAUUCGUCGAGCCAAUCACUGGGACUUGGAGAUAUUCACGCCAGGAAACCUGGAACGAGAGUGUAUAGAGGAGAAGUGUUCCUGGGAAGAGGCUCGGGAGUUCUUUGAGGACAAUACUAAGACGGAGCGCUUCUGGGAGACAUAUAUCUACAAUGGCAAAGCAGGGCGUGGACGAGUGGAUGUAGCAGGCCUGGUUGUGGGGCUGACAUCUGGCAUCCUGCUCAUUGUGCUGGCCGGCCUGGGAGCCUUUUGGUAUCUACAUUGGCGACGUGGCCGAGGCCGAGGCCGAGGCCAGCAAGUCAGUCUUCAAGAGCCCGAGCUCAUCAGCCCUAUGAGUCCCCUGAACUCUCCAGGUCCGCCAAUGCCCCUGUCACCACCCCAACCCCCAGGCCUCCCCACCUACGAACAGGCUUUAGUGGCCUCUGGGGUGCACGACGCACCUCCACCCCCCUACACCAGUCUCCGGAGGCCUCGCUGAAGAGCUACUUCGGAGCCGGGGUUCCCCGAACCGUGCCCCAGAUUCACACCGGAUUCCGGAAGCCCCCAAGCCUCUUAAACUG